ACAAAUGCCAAAACAACAGUUCGAAGUACUUGACUACGCAGCACCACUCUUCGUUGGAGCAGCUUUUGCAGUGAUUGUAUUCAUGCUAACAUUCGUUAUCAACUUUGCCUUCAUCAGAAGAACCGAUGAAGUCACUGCUUUUGAAAAGCUAGGAGCAAAGUACAAUUUGCGAGUUGGACCACACCGUGUCUCUCUGGUCAAGGAGAAAAUGGAGAAACACGUCGAUGAGGAUGGACAUGAAUAUUAAUUAGUUGACUGUAGAAUUUAAUUAGAUUUAUUUUUGCAAUAAUUCUAUUUCAAAAUGAAUAUUUUUCGGUGC